AUGUUUCAGCGCGGCUACCUCGAAGGUCUGCGCUCAUCACUCGGUGGCUGGACGCAGAAAGUUAAGUCAUGGUACUGGGGACGACCUCUAGAACUAGCACACAAAAUGUCGAGAAGUUUCGAUAUGAAGGAAGAGGGUGGGGCUCUGUUAGAUGAUCGGGGAAUAAGGAGACACCAAUCUAUGCAAAGACUACAACACGGGGAAGGUCAAGAUGAGAAUCGUACUGCGAAAGUUGUGCCGGACCAUCAUGGGAAUCUACAUAUAACCGUAAAGAAGACCAAGCCCAUACUAGGCAUUGCGAUUGAAGGCGGCGCGAACACGAAACACCCCCUGCCAAGAAUAAUUAAUAUUCACGAGCAUGGUUCAGCGUUUGAGGCUGGGGGGCUGGAAGUGGGUCAACUUAUACUGGCGGUGGAUGGUAAGCGUGUUGAGGGCAUGCAGCAUCAAGAAGUGGCGCGGCUUAUUGCUGAGUCGUUUGCUCAGAGAGAUAAACCGGAAAUCGAAUUCCUAGUAGUCGAAGCAAAGAAAUCCAACUUAGAGCCGAAGCCAACAGCUCUAAUAUUUUUGGAGGCCUAA